AUGGCAGAAAACAAGCACAUCCAAUGUGCUGACAUCACUGAGGUGUUCCCCAGAGAGGGAGAAGAUGCCACCCUAACGUUUGCUCUGGAUUCCCCGGUGGACCUGACAGAUGAGGCGUUUGACUUGAAGAAAGGGAAGCAGGAGGUGUUCUUCUAUAUACAGGGCAAGGACUACAACAACGGCCGGGAGGGACAAGACCCCCAUUAUGUGGGCAGGGUGCACCUUCUCCCAGGGGGGCUGCAGGCCGGUAACGCCUCUGUGGUCCUGUCCGGUGUGACCCAGGCGGACAGUGGAGUGUAUAAGUUCGUAAUUCUUACGAAACUGACCAAAAGUUACGGAGAUAUUCUGCUGACUGUAGUGGUGAAGUCUCUGUUGAGUGUGGAGGUGGUAGAGGCUCCCCCAUCCUCCGGCUGGAUGCGGCUGUCCUGCGUCUCCAGAGGAGGCCAGCCCCAGCCCAGCGGUCUGGAGUGGCAGACCCCCAACGGAACUGUGAUCCCUGCAGAAGAAGCACCGCCGGCCGCCUCCUCAGACAGCGACGGCCGCUACUCCAUCAGUCAGACGGUGAAGGUGACCGAGCCAGGCAGCUACACCUGUCUGGCCCGGCAGCAAGGCGUCCACCCUGCGGUCAGAGACACCAUCCAAGUGUUUGGCCAUUGGUUGACCGGCGAUCAUGAAGAGGUCCUCGGGAAUGGUACAUGGAAGGCCAUAGGUGUUUCUUUUAUUAUUGUUUUUGUUCUCUUGAUUUUAUCAUUUGGAGUUAAUAUUUACCAAUUUACCAAAACUAAAAACUGUAGGAAUGGUCAUGGUCAACAAGCAGAACCUGAUUCUGAUAGUUUGGAUCGAAGCGGUGCCUAUUUGUCCUGUCCCCGUCGUGAUGCUGCUGUACAGCUGAACGUACCGUCUUUCGGUUGAGCAACGGACACUUUGGUCAUCUGAAGGUGUGCAUUUGUAUCGCAAAAGUUUACUUUUGAUACAACAUUUCUACGAGAGAGCAGUUAUUUAUAUUAGUUAUGGAACAUGGAAACAACCUCAAAUGGCUGUUUCAGGUUAUGGGUUCCUCAGGAGCAUCUCUUCAUGGUGCUCCACCUAGAUCACUCAGGUCCUCUGGCACUGGCCUCUUAGUUACCUAUGGCCCCCCCCCUCUGGAACAGCCUGCCAGAGGAGCUGAGUACGUCACAAUCUGUUAACACAUUUAAAGGUCCCAUGGCAUGAACAUUUUUCUAACAUUAACAUGAGUUCCCCUAGCCUGCCUAUGGUGCCCCAGUAUCUAGAAAUGGCGUUAGGUGUAAAACGAGCACUAGGUAUUCUGCUCCGCCUAUUGAAAAAUGAAAACUCAGACGCUCAGAUUUUGGCCCCAUAUGUCUUCAUAAGGGGCCAAGUUACCUCCCCUUUCUCUGCCUUGCCCGCCCAGAAAAUUUGGCCCGCCAAUGAGAGCUAUGACCGACACAAUAAUGUCUAUAUUGCACACAUCCUCCAUGAUGUAAACACUGUGUAUUUUGAGUAUCUGUAAUUUAAGUAUAUGCAUGAUACUUGGAUUUUUGUAAUUUUUAUAAAUAGUGCACAUUUUACUUUUUAUAGUACUUUUAUCGUCUAACAUUUGAUAUGUAUAGAUAUUUUGUAUUUAACGUUUUACACUUAUUAUAUUAUAUAUUAUACUAUAUACCUGACCUUUUUACUUAUUUAAUAAUGCUAUUUACUUUAUGGUUCACCUGCUUUUGCAAUGCAAAUGUUUAUUUCUCAUGCCAAUAAAGCUUUCUUUUUAUUGGAA